AUUAAUAAUGCUUCGUGCUGCUGGUAACCUAUCCAAGUCAAUGAUGAAAUCACAGCGUAGAUUUCUGAAUCUACAGGAGUUUCAAAGCAAAGAAAUUCUUGAAAAACAUGGAUGCAGCGUUCAGAAUUUCGUCGUUGCAUCGAACAGGAAGGAAGCAGAAGAGAAAUGGAUGUCAUUUGGAGAUCAUGAGUACGUUGUGAAGGCACAAAUUCUUGCUGGAGGUCGAGGCAAAGGCAAAUUCAUCAAUGGAACAAAGGGAAUCGGAGGUGUAUUCAUUACUAAAGAAAAAGAUGCGGCCCUCGAAGCGAUCGACGAAAUGAUUGGAAAGAGGCUUGUCACAAAACAAACUACAUCGGAAGGUGUUCGUGUCGACAAAGUAAUGAUUGCCGAGGGAGUCGAUAUUAAAAGAGAAACCUAUCUUGCUGUUCUUAUGGAUCGUGAGUCAAAUGGUCCAGUGGUGGUUGCAUCUCCAGACGGUGGAAUGGAUAUUGAAGCCGUUGCUGAAAAGACUCCAGAACGAAUUUUCAAGACACCAAUUGACAUUCAAAUGGGAAUGACUGAAGGACAGUCGCUUAAAAUCGCCAAAGAUCUUCAGUUUGAGGGAAAACUCAUCGGAGUCGCAGCACAAGAAAUUAAACGCCUUUAUGAUCUGUUCAUUGCUGUAGAUGCUACCCAAGUGGAAAUCAAUCCUCUUGUUGAAACUGCAGAUGGACGUGUUUUCUGUGUCGAUGCCAAAAUGAACUUUGACGACAGUGCGGCUUAUCGACAAAAAGAAAUCUUUGCUUAUGAAACCUUCGAGGAACAUGAUCCACGUGAAGUCGAUGCUCACCAAUUCAACCUAAAUUACAUUGGAAUGGAUGGAAAUAUUGCUUGUCUUGUGAAUGGAGCCGGUCUCGCAAUGGCAACCAUGGAUCUCAUCAAACUUCACGGAGGUGAACCAGCAAACUUCCUCGACGUCGGUGGAGCAGUCACAGAGGAUGCUGUUUUCAACGCAGUCCGAAUUAUUACUUCUGAUCCACGUGUAAAAUGUGUUCUUAUCAACAUUUUCGGAGGAAUUGUCAACUGUGCCACCAUUGCAAAUGGUGUUGUUAGUGCAGUGAACAAAAUUGGAUUAAAUGUGCCGAUGGUUGUUCGUUUGGAAGGAACUAACGUUGAUGCCGCUAAACAAAUCAUGAAGAAGUCUGGACUCAAAAUUCUUACAGCCAACAAUUUGGAUGAAGCCGCCGCUAAAGCUGUUUCCUCUCUUCCGAAAUAAUCGAAACAUCUCAUUUUAAGUUUAUAAUUUUACUUUCUAGGAUUUUCCCUUAAUCAUUUCAUUUUUCUCUUGUAUUCUCGGGUAUUUACUCUUGUUUUAGGAUUUUUCCGUAGAGCUUGUUGUUUCUUUACCGUUGUGUUUUCCUGUUUUAUUUUAGAAUUUAGAAUUUAAAUUAAAAA